ACGUGUGCGGUGUGCCACCUUUCUUUCUCCUCUCGCCAGCCCAUCGAAGACGUGUUCAGUUCGAACUUUUCCUCUGCAAUUACUUUUCUUUGGUACCGGGAGGCCCAGAAAGAAGAAAGGUCGGGAGGAAGACGGCGCAGAGAGGCAAGGGCAUGCUGCAGAUCAGGCAGGAAGACAUGGAGAGCUCUUGUGCUGUUGGUCUGUCACUUGGGUUCGAUCUGAACUCGUGCCCACCUCGUCGCUCCUCCCAUGAGAUCAAGAAGCCGCCGGAAUUCAAAUUUACAGAGCUCCAAGUCCAACCACGGGGCGGCGGAGAGGCGAAGGCGGUGUUGGAGGCGGAGCUGAGCAGGAUGAGCGAGGAGAACCAGCGGCUGAGCAGGAUGCUGGGGGAGAUGUGCGAGAGCUACAACGCCCUCCAGGCGCAGCUGGCGUCGUUGACCAGGAAGAGGAAGGAGGAAGCGCGGCACGGCGCCAACGCGGAGAGCAGCUCCAGCGAGGACUCUUCCAAGCGGCCACGCGACGCCCUGGCCUCGCGAACAGCCACCCAUCUCAUCUCCCGCGUCCACUUCAAGACCGACCCCUCCGACACCAGCCUGCUGGUAAAGGAUGGUUAUCAGUGGAGGAAAUAUGGGCAGAAAGUGACGAGGGACAACCCAUCUCCAAGAGCUUACUUCAAGUGCUCCUUUGCACCCACUUGCCCCGUUAAGAAGAAGGUGCAAAGAAGUGCAGAAGACCGGUCGAUCUUGGUGGCGACGUACGAAGGCGAGCACAACCACGCGCUGCCGUCGCCGAACGACGCGCCCACCAGCUCUAAUGGGUCGCAGCCCGGCGCCGACUCCCCGCUGCCUUGCUCCGUCUCCGUCACAGCUUCCCGGCCCACCGUCACCCUCGACCUGACCCGGGCUAAGCCCAAGGGGGAGGAGCCCUCCCCGCCGGGCCAUGGUCACGCCGAUCUCCAGAAACUGGUGGUGGAGCAUAUGGCCUCUUCUUUGACGAAGGACCCCAACUUCACCGCCGCUCUCGCCUCCGCCCUUUCCGGCAAAAUCUCCCUGCGACCACUGUCCGGCCAAGAUUGAAUUGGAAAGAAAUCGAAACCCAUCGCCAGAAAGCCAACUGCGGAAAAGAAAAAGAGAGAAGGAUCUUUGUUACGCUUGUUUUCACAAGCAAAUGCAAUUGUAAAUAGUUUGGCUUCCAGUAAAUUCUGUAGUUUGAAAUUCAAGCCUCGUUUUAUUAUCACGUGAAAAGAAAAAUAUCUUUUUCUCACCAA